UUUCUGUAAAUGGUGGUGUUUUGUGUCCAGUUCGUGGGUUAAACACAGGACUGUCAUCACUGAGUUCUCCUCCACACGUGAUAUAUAUACAGUAUAUACUGUAAGUGAAUGUGGCGUUGUUAUGAUAGCAGUGUAAACACAUGACCUUCUUUUCCGGCUUUACUCAGGAAAUUGUCGUAAAUUCUGGCGUAAAUUUCUUUUACUUUCGGUUUCCACGGCAUGGCUGACAGAGAUCUCAACAUUCAGAUCUGCAGACAAAGCUCAAGUUCUACUUCCUCCUGAGUUAAAUUAUUUCUCAAGCAACAACAACAUGCUACAGAUCUUCUUUAUCUUCAUUUCCCUUUCUCUCGUCCCGUCUACUGAAUCCAGAGACUCAGAAAACACCACAUAUGUUACAAACGAUUCCUGGUUUCCAUGGAAACUGAGAUUACCAGAAAGUGUAAAGCCAAUUCAUUACAAUUUAUUAAUCCACCCCAACCUGACUUUCCUUAACUUUACUGGAAGUGUCCAGAUUCAGCUGGACGUCCAGCAGGACACCGAGCUCAUUCUUCUUCACAGCAAGAACCUUCACAUCUCUAAAGCAGCUGUUGUGCUGUCUGAUAAUCCUCGUCUUCUUCACGUCUUUGAGUCCGAACCCUUUGAGCAGAUUGCAUUGUUUUCUCAGGACUUUACAUUUAGAAAAGGCAUCCACGUUAUCCAGUUAGAUUUCUCAGCGAACCUGUCCAACAGUUUUCAUGGCUUUUAUAAAGGCUCCUACACCACACGGACUGGUGAUGUCAGGGCUUUGGCAUCCACCCAGUUCGAGCCCACACAUGCUCGUGCUGCUUUCCCAUGCUUUGAUGAACCUGCCUUUAAAGCCAACUUCUCUAUUCGUAUACGCCGGGAGCCAAGGCAUAUUUCCAUUUCAAACAUGCCCAAGUUGAAAACGGUGUCACUUGCAGCAGACUUGCUGGAGGACCACUAUGACAUGAGUGUGAAGAUGAGCACUUAUCUAGUGGCCUUUAUUGUUUGUGACUUUAUCUCCAUCAGUAAGAGAAGUCAGCAUGGUGUUCAGAUAUCUGUGUACACUGUUCCAGAGAAGAUUAACCAGGCAGAAUAUGCCCUGAACACGGCAGUAACUCUACUUGAUUUUUAUGAUGAUUUCUUUGGCAUCUCGUAUCCACUUCCCAAACAAGAUCUUGCAGCAAUUCCAGAUUUUCAGUCCGGUGCUAUGGAGAACUGGGGCUUGACCACGUAUAGAGAAUCCGGGCUCCUCUUUGACCCUGAAAGGUCUUCCACGUCUACCAAACUGGGCAUCACAAAGGUUAUUGCCCACGAGCUUGCUCACCAGUGGUUUGGUAACUUGGUGACGAUGCAGUGGUGGAAUGACUUGUGGUUAAAUGAGGGCUUUGCCAAGUUCAUGGAAUUUGUAUCCACCAACAUCACUUAUCCUGAGCUGCAAGUGAACGACUACUUCUUAGAGAAGUGUUUCACCGCCAUGGCUGUAGAUUCUUUAAGCUCCUCGCACCCCAUCUCUACCCCGGUAGAAAAUCCAGCAGAGAUCCGAGAAAUGUUUGAUGAUGUCUCCUAUCAGAAGGGGGCUUGUGUUUUGAACAUGCUGAGAGAUUUUCUGACCCCAGAAGUGUUUAAUCUUGGGAUUAUACGUUACCUGAAGAAACACAGCUUCCAGAAUACCGUGAAUGCUGAUCUCUGGGACAGUCUGACAAACAUCUGUGACUCAGAUGAUUUUGACUUUGGGACACUCAACACAGAUGGAUUCUGCACUGACAGCAAGUCCAGAGCUUCCGCAUCUAAAUGGUACAUGGAGGAUGACCUGAAUGUGAAAGCUAUCAUGGACACCUGGACACUGCAGGAGGGUUUCCCUAUUAUCACUGUGGAGGUUAACGGUCGAGAGGUCAAACUAAACCAGGAGAGGUUCCUUAAAGGGGACGAUACAUCAAAGAAUUCAAGCUUCCUUUGGCAAGUGCCUUUGACCUACAUCACCAGCAGCUCCAGCUCUGUCCAGCGUUUUCUUCUGAAAAAUAGAAACGAUGUAUUGUACUUGCCAGCAGAAGUGGAGUGGAUCAAAUUCAAUGUGGACAUGAGAGGUUAUUAUAUUGUCCAUUACGACGCUAUGGGCUGGGAAGCUUUAAUCAGGCUGCUUCAGCAUAAUCACACAGCUUUAAGUGGGAACGACAGAGCAAGCCUCAUUCACGACAUCUUCCAGCUGGUGAAAAUUGGAAAAGUUCCCCUGGAUAAGGCACUGAGCCUGAGUCUGUACCUGAAGCAUGAGACUGAGGUAAUGCCAGUGACGCAGGGCUUCGGUGAACUCGUCCCGCUUUAUAAACUCAUGGAAAAGAGAAACAUGGCAGCUCUGGAGUACCAGCUGAAGGCCUACUUAGUGAACCUAUUCCAGGGACUGAUUGAUACUCAGACUUGGAGUGAUGAGGGCUCAGUGUCAGAAAGGAUCUUGCGGAAUUACUUGCUUCUCUUUGCCUGUGUGCGGCGUUACGCGCCCUGCGUUAGCACUGCUCAGGAUCUUUUCCUUAAGUGGAAGGAGUCAGGUGGCAACAUGAGAUUGCCUGCUGAUAUUCGCUUGGUUGUGUACACUGAGGGUGCUCAAACAGAAGAAGGUUGGGACUUCCUUAUGGAAAUGUACCGUUACACGAUGUAUCCGUCGGAAAAGAGUCAGAUUAAAGCAGCACUGACCUACAGCCCACUGGCUCACAAGCUAGAGUGGCUAAUGAAGCAGGGUCUUGUAGGAGAUGUUGUGAAGACCCAUGAGCUGCCAUCGCUUCUCAUUAGUGUCAGUAAAAACCCAAAAGCAUACAAACUGGCCUGGAAUUUCCUGAGAGCAAACUGGCAAGAACUGGUUAAGAAGUUUGAUCUUGGUUCCUCUUCAGUCUCACGUAUGGUUAUCGGAGUAACCGAUCAGUAUUCGACCAAGGAGAUGCUGGAAGAGGUACACUCUUUCUUCAGUGCGUUGCAGGCAGACAUGGGGGCAGGACUGCGUAGCAUCCAGCAGGCCCUGGAGAGUAUCCAGGAGAAUAUUCGCUGGAUGGAUAAAAAUAUUCCUCUUCUUAAAGACUGGCUGAACAGCCACAGUGGAUGAGAGAGUGUGUGUGUGUGUGUGUGUGUGUGUGAGAGUGUGUGAGAGUGUGUGUGAGAGUGUGUGUGUGUGAGAGAGAGAGAGAGAGCGCCUAGAUCACUCCAUUUUUCUCAGUGGACGUUCAAAACAUUUCUUUCCCCCAUCUGUAAAUACACAAAUCCAGUUUGAACAAAAUCAGGUAUAAUUGAGGAACAAAGCUUAACUUAAAAGGUCAAAUAUUCCACUAAACACCUUUUUUUAAAUCUGUUGGUGUAAGUUGUGUUAUGAAGAAAAAUUAAUUUAUACUUGGAAAAUAAUGAAAAAGUAUAAGCUAUAUUUUUUUUUUCAAAUAAUAUUUUAAAUGAUUAAAUCUUCAUUAACCACUUUGUCAUUGGGCUCCAUUUAACCUCAACCUACAGUACUGUUAACAACAUAUUCCAUUUAUUAUUGGCUUCUUUGUUAUUAGUGGCUUAUUUGGUCACUUAAAUAAAUACCUCAUAAACAAGAAGGCCUUUACAUAAAUGUUCACUUGAAUCUAAUUACAUUUUAAAAAUGAAAGCUUUGAGACAAUGUGAAUUUGCCCUAAUGGAUAAUUUAUUUUGUCUUCCUUUAUCGAUUUGUAUUCCAUUAAAUUUAAUUAAAAAGAA